CACCAGGCUGUCGAUCCGCAGCGCCUCCUCUGGUUUCAGCACGUCGGCCGCGUUUUCCUGCGUGACCACCCAGCUCUGCCGACGCAGUUAUGAGGCAAAGAGGGGGAACUUGAAACUGCUCCAGUUACUCAGCAGGUCGUUGCUAGGUAACCAAAGUUUGGGGCGGGGAACUUGAGACUGCUUCUUACCUAGCAAGUUGUUGCUAUGCAACCAAAGAGCCCAGAUGAUGAUGAUCUCACCCGGUGUUUGUUGGCCAUCUUGUGGACCUGCAGCUGAUACAUCAGCGCCCUGUGCAGCGUGUUGGCUGUCGACCUCCCAGAGCCAAAGAAAGGAGUCCUGCUGGAGCUGUACGUCCAAACGGUGCUUUUCUGCAGGCAGCAGGGCUUCAGUAAGGAACAGACGUCUGCACUGGUUUCCAUCAUCAAGUCCAUCCAUGAGGCCAACAUUGAGACCUCCCUUCAGCGUCAAGCUGUUCAGCCUGGAGGAGGCCAACUGCGUUUUAAAUUACAUCCAGGACCAUUACCUGCAGCACAACAAACUCUACAAGUACAUAUUCACCCCGCAGGUAAAACUUGAUUUGUUUUUAACUUAUUCUGGGAAGGGAGGAGAAGGACUGGCUGCAGACGAAUCCGCUGCACAAGCAGAUGAUUCUUCUGAGGCACAGAAAACUUCGGCCAUGGAGGAAGAAACUGCAGAAGCCUCCGUGGACCUGAAGGCCCUGGUGGAGCAGGAGGUCAAGGAGCAGAUGGAGCAGGUGUCCAAGCAACUGGACCAGCGCAUCAAAGAGACGGCGUCUGAGCAGAGCAGCAGAGCCCAGUCCGCCAAACCCGGCAAGAAAGGCAAAAAAUAACCAGAACAGCCCGCGCCAACGUUAAAUUAAACUACUUAAACAUC